GCUCAGUCUUUAUUGGGACAAGGACGGAAUAAAAUAGAACUGCGAAGGAUUUACUUAUCCACGUUGUAGUCAACAGUAGAGAUGAGAUCCACUCUUUCUUAAAUGUGACACAUGGUCGAAUUAGUCGUCGAAUUAGUCCGUAUUGAAAGAUAAGCCGUUAUAAUUCUCGCACUUGACAGUGGAUAUUGUCUUUAGGGUGCAAUGUUUGAUUCACCAUCUCAACAGGAUCUCUAGUUACUUUUGCACGCGCAAUGGGAUUACAACUUGCUUGCUUAUCAAGUGGGAACAGUUGCGCUCCAUAGCCGGUCCACGCACAGGACGGGCGCGAGAUAUGGAAUUUAGCUUAAUCAACAGGUACACGUGAUUCUUUGCAUGCGGACUUACAAUAUCUCAUCCUGUAGAAAACAAGCGAAAGUGCCCCGCUAACACUCCUCUGAGGAAAUACUGGAUAUCGGCAUGCAGGGUAACAGAUGAACAACUCCAAUUUAUGAAAUGUAAUGAAUCAUGCACACAACUUACUGGCUCUGAUGUCAUUUUUUUUUAGAAACAACGUAAUGCCUUUGUUUAUUACUUAUAAAAGACAUUUUACCUGACAAAGACUGACAAAGUAAAAGCAACCACAUUUAUGUGAGUUAUGCUUGGAACUAAUCGAAAUCAGUACACUUUGCUGAAAGAUUUUCUGGUUUGCAGAAACAGAUAGGUGACAAUGCCCUUUAGUCCUUGAAUGGCGUUCUGUCCUGAAUAAAAUGGCCAAACCGGAGUAAGACCCUCCUCCCGCCUGAAGAGGUGCAUGGGUGCUCGUGUAGUGUGUUGUGACUUAGAAAGGUCAUGGGGUGUGUCCAGAGUGGGACUUGUAAACCGCCUUUCUCUGACACUAUCACGGUCCUUGAACUGAACGCCUCAAUUGACCCAAACCCCACAACAGUGGACGAGUCGUCAGACGUGGUGUUGCGGUACCGGACCCCUUACUUCCGGGCCUCUGCCCAGGUACUGGUCCCGCCUGUGCUCAAGAAAGAGAUCUGGACCAUCGGCUGGAUUCAGGCCUGUAACCAGAUGGACUUCUACAACCACUAUGGAAACGAAGGCCUGUCCAGCUGGGAGCUCCCCGCGCUGCGGUCCGGCCGCGUGCCGGCUCUGAGCGACUCGGACGGCGUGAGCUAUCCGUGGUACGGCAGCACGAGCGAGAUCUACACGGUGGUGGGCCCCACCAGGCGCGAGACGCGGCUCACCGUCUCCAUGAACGACAACUUCCAUCCCAGCGUCACCUGGAGCGUCCCCAUAGCGACGAUGGGCAGUCCGGCGCAGCUGACCGGCAUCCGACGGCACCAGUGCUUCACCACGUGGCUCGUGGCUCGUCACGAGGCGUCCGGCGAGAUGACGCUGCUGCGCACGCUACGCUGGAAGGUGCGGCUACGCAUCGACGUUGACCCCCAGCGACCCCUGGGUCAGCGCGCACGCCUGCUGGAGCCACUGCUGCAGGACCAGCCGCUGGUGUUGCCUAGCAACGAGCCCCUCCCAACCAGCGCUCUGACCCCGCCCAACGCCAACCACGCCCAGAUGCUCAUGUGGAGACCCAGCAACGCCCCGCCCAUCAUGGUCAUCCCGCCCAGAUACACACACACACCCUGAUACACACACACACACACACCCCCUGAUACACACACACCCUGAUACAC